AUGAAGACUUCCGCCCUCCUCUGCGGGCUUGUCCUGCUCUCCGUUCUGCUCCUCGCUGUUGACGCUACUUCAGGUGAACGCGUCCCUUCUUUGGGGAACAGGCGGGUUCUGAGCGAUGACGACUCGUCGUGCCUGGGCAAAUUCAAGAAAAGUCAGUCGAAUUGCAGGAGGGAUCAUAAGUGCUGCGACCAUAGCGACUCGUCGUACGACAGCUACGAGUGCACGCGGAAGAUUGACAGGUGCGAGGCGAAGGCGUACAAGAAAUUCAAGACUUGCAAAUACGGCGACAAGAAGCCGUCCUCUAGCUGCAACGACUGGUGCAAGUACGUCAAAAAGCAGUGCAGGGACGACCACGAUGACGAGUGUGACUACAAGUACAAGCGCUGCAAGAAUGAUUGCUGA